AUGGGCGGUGCCGUGAAGGUGUACGGGGUGGCGGCGUCUCCGUUCGUCGCGACGGUGCUGCUGUGCCUGGAGGAGGUCGGCGCCGACUACGAGCUCCUCCCCCUCGACAUGGCUGCGCGGGAGCAGAGGACCGAGCCCUACCUCUCUCGGAACUUUUCAUACGAUUCAAUCUCGCAGCCUUUCGGCAAGAUCCCGGCGUUGGAGGACGGGGAGCUGACUAUAUUCGAAUCGCGCGCGAUUUCUCGGUACGUGCUCCGCAAGUACGGAGGCACCGGCGCCACCGAUCUCCUACGGGCAUCCAGCCUCGAGGAAUCGGCCAUGGUGGACGUGUGGAUGGAGGUGGAGGCCCACCAGUACCAGCCGGCCAUAGCCAACAUCGUCCGGCAGUGCGUCAUCCUGCCGUUCAUCGGCGGCGCGCGAGACCAGGCCGUCGUCGACGAGUACGUCGGGAAGCUGGAGAAGGUCCUCGACGUGUACGAGGCGCGGCUGUCCAGCUCGCCGUACCUCGCCGGGGACUUCUUCAGCCUCGCCGACCUCGUCCACUUCGGCUUCGCCUACUGCCUCGUGGCCGGCACCGAGUACGCGACGCUGCUGGAAUCGCGCGCGAGCGUCAUGGCGUGGUGGGGGCGGAUCAUGACCAGGCCGGCGGUGAGGAAGGUGGCGCCGCUAAUCCACCUCGGACUGAAGCUAUCUUCGCCAGCAUAA